AUGUCUUGUCUCUGUGUAACUAUCAACCCCAACGGAAAGAGUAUCACAAUACAGAAUAACGUGCUCUGGCUGAGUUAUACGGAGAAAUGAACAGGGAUAGAGAAUGUUGGAGAGAGAAACAAGAACACAGGUUAUGCAUUUGUAAUGUACAAUCAGAGAUAAUGUAGGUAAGUUAAUCACCCUCAUGCCUUUCCAAACCUGUAUGACUUUCUGUCUUCCGUGGAACACAAGAACAGAAAUGUUAAAGAAUGUUGAUGUUGCUCUUUUUUCCAUACAAUGAAAGUGAACGGGGAUUGAGGCUGUCAGUCACAAAUAGUCUGCCUAACAUUUCCUUUUGUGUUCCAAGAAAGAAAGAAAGCCAUAUGGGUUUGGAACAAUAUGUGGGCAUGAGUACAUAAUUUUUUAUAUUUGGUGUAUCAAUUAAUGAGACAUUAACUGAGACUUCAAUGAUGAAGUCUUAUGAGCCACUGUCUGAAUACCAGUUUAGUAUAUCCAAGGGACUUGAUGUUUUUGAACUCAAACAAAUGGCAAACCCACCCCUUAGGGUGGAGCUCUCCCCUGAGGGUAUGGACGUGUAUUAAUAAAAGUCAAGGGAUAUUGGAAAGACCUUGUUCGCAGAUGCUUUGGUUACCAUCAUCCCAUUGCCCUUUCCAUCCCAUUUUACAGUCAACCGAUAUCCUAUUCACCAGUGAACCGUUUUGUCAAAUGAGGGAGUCUAUAGAUAUUUGAUUUCUCCUCUGAGAGCAGUACACUGUAUAAAUCAAAGGGUAGGUCUUAGGCAUAAUAGUGUCAAAUAAGACGAGUCGACCAAAACAAUUGAGAGCUUUUGGGUCAGCCAGAGUGUUGUUGAGUUAAUGUUUUUGUUCCCGAGCAUAGUUACUGAACAAACAAGACCAUAAAACCUAUGGGACAGAUGUGGUUACACUAUAAAAGCAAAGACAAUAUUCCCAGCUUUGGUAGUGCGAUAGGAAGUUAGUUAGUGGGAUUAUCACCACCCAGAACUGAUGCUCAGGACCCCUCAAACAUGAAGAAAUGCCUUGACUACGCCUUGCUCCUCAUCAUUUCCACCCUUCACGGCUCACUGCAGCAGAGAAUCAUUGGAGGACAGGAGGUUGAACCCUAUUCUAUCAAGUACCAGGCCUCUAUCCAGUACAGUAACAGCCAUUACUGCGGAGGAACGCUUGUACACCCGCAGUGGGUGGUUACUGCUGCCCACUGCUGGAGGCCGAGCUAUUUAAUCAGAGUGGUGCUGAGUGAACAUGACAUAUCCAAAAAAGAGGGCUCUGAGCAGGUGUUCAAUGUCUCCAGGGUCCUGGUCUAUUACUUGUAUAAUUACAGGACAUUUGAUCAUGACAUAAUGCUUUUGAAAUUGGAGCGGCCAGCAGAACUCAAUGCCAAUGUUCAGCCAGCUUCUCUGCCAGUCUCAGGUACCCCUCCUUUACAAGGGGGCACAAUGUGCACGGUGAGUGGCUGGGGCGUCACUCAGGUAUACAGUUAUUACCUGUCCUCUGUACUGCGUGCUGUGGACGUCCAGAUCAUCCCCCAGUGUCAAUACUACUACUAUUAUAGAAUCACAGACAACAUGGUGUGUGCCGGCUCCCCACUGGGUGGCAAAGACUCUUGCCAGGGUGACUCCGGUGGGCCUCUCAUCUGUAAUGGUCGUUUAGAGGGUAUCGUGUCCUGGGGCAUCAGUUGUGCCAACCCGUACUUCCCUGGAGUCUACACCAAAGUCCGCAACUACAUCACCUGGAUCAGUUGGAUAAUUGAAAACGACAACAGCUAGAAUGUUUUGUUCCCAAAGGUUAUUGAAUUGCCACACCAUACAAAUGACACCAGGAAGCCCAGUAUAUUGAGUACGGCAGUCAGUGGUCUGUAUGUUAGAAAAAAUGUGAGGUUAAUGCUUGCAUUGAGAAUUAUUUUAAUCUUUUAACUCUAUAAACUGCUCAAUUUAUGCACCAUGGAAUGAAACAUAAAAUUAAACAUUUGAAAGAUCUAGAAAAAAGGACCACAAUGACAGAUCAUGCAAAGAGGGUUCGGAUAUUCAAACAUCCAUAUCAAGUGACGUGCAUUUGUGGUGAAAUUCAUGUUUGUUUUGGCAUAAAACCAAUUCAGAGUGUCCACUGGGGCCUGUUGUUUGAAAUCUGAAGGUAAAGUGCACCAAAUCAAAACAAGACAAUAGUUUUUCACAAGCUUACAUGGUAAAACCAAAUUGUGGAGAAUUCCCCUGUUCAUCAGGGGGAACUUUUGUUCUACCUUUGUUAUUUCAAGGCAGGGGACCAUAAAACAAUAAACUGAGUAUUUUCCCAGCUUAUCAUUGCUGCAUUUUUUGGCCUAUUUACCUUUAUCUGUCCAUUUGAAAAGCAAAUGCUUUUUCAUCUACAGUUGCGCUCAAAAGUUUGCAUACCCUGGCAGAAAUUGUGAAAUUUUGGCAUUAAUUUGGAAAAUAUGACCGAUCAUGCAAAAAAUCUAUCUUUUAUUUAAGGAUAGUGAUCAUAUGAAGCCAUUUAUCAUCACAUAGUUGUUUGGCUCCUUUUUAAAUCAUAAUGAUAACAGAAAUCACCCAAAUGGUCCUGAUCAAAAGUUUACAUACCCUUGAAUGUUUGGCCUUGUGACACACACAGGUUUAAAUGGCAAUUAAAGGUUAAUUUCUGACACCUGUGGCUUUUUAAAUUGCAGUUAGUGCCUGUGUAUAAAUAGUCAAUGAGUUUGUUAGCUCUCACGUGGAUACACUGAGCCGGCUAGAUACUGAGCCAUGGGGAGCAGAAAGAACUGUCAAAAGACCUGCGUAACAAGGUAAUGGAACUUUAUAAAGAUGGAAAAGGAUAUAAAAAGAUAUCCAAAGCCUUGAAAAUGCCAGUUGGUACUGUUCAAUCACUUAUUAAGAAGUGGAAAAUUCGGGUAGAUUAAGAAAGAUUUCAGCCACAACUGCCAGAACUUUUUUUUGGGAUACAAAGAAAAACCCACAAGUAACCUCAGUUACAGGCUGCUCUGGAAAAAGACAGUGUGGUUGUUUCAAGGAGCACAAUAUGAUGAUACUUGAACAAAAAUGAGCUGCAUGGUCGAGUUGCCAGAAAGAAGCCUUUACUGCGCCAAUGCCACAAAAAAGCCCGGUCACAAUAUGCCCGACAACACCUUGACACGCCUCAAAGCUUCUGGCACACUGUAAUUUGGAGUGACGAGACCAAAAUAGAGCUUUAUGGUCACAACCAUAAGCGCUAUGUUUGGAGAGGGGUCAACAAGGCCUAUAGUGAAAAGAAUACCAUCAUCACUGUGAAGCAUGGUGGUGGCUCACUGAUGUUUUGGGGAUGUGUGAGCUCUAAAGGCACAGGGAAUCUUGUGAAAAUUGAUGGCAAGAUGAAUGCAGCAUGUUAUCAGAAAAUACUGGCAGACAAUUUGCAUUCUUCUGCACGAAAGCUGCGCAUGGGAUGCUCUUGGACUUUCCAGCACGACAAUGACCCUAAGCUUAAGGCCAAGUUGACCCUCCAGUGGUUACAGCAGAAAAAGGUGAAGGUUCUGGAGUGGCCAUCACAGUCUCCUGACCUUAAUAUCAUCGAGCCACUCUGGGGAGAUCUCAAACGUGCUGUUCAUGCAAGACGACCAAAGACUUUGCAUGACCUGCAGGCAUUUUUCCAAGACGAAUGGGCAGCUAUACCACCUGCAUGAAUUUGGGGCCUCAAAGACAACUAUUACAAAAGACUGCACGCUGUCAUUGAUGUUAAAGGCAAUACACAGUAUUAAGAACUAAGGGAAUGCAGACUUUUUUCUUUGUUGCCAUGUUUUGUUUUAUGAUUGUGCCAUUCUGUUAUAACCUACAGUUGAAUAUGAAUCCCAUAAGAAAUAAAAGAAAUGUGUUUUGCCUGCUCACUCAUGUUUUCUUUAAAAAUGGUACAUAUAUUACCAAUUCUCCAAGGGUAUGCAAACUUUUGAGCACAACUGUAUAUUCCAUUACAAAUCUCACCCAUAACUGUGCAGUAACCUUUAUACCUCAUCCUAACUGUCCCUCAGCAUGGUUAAGGGAUAGGUUGCCAACUC